UUUAGUAGCAAUUGGACAUCUAACUUAGGCCUUGGCUACACUUGUGAGUUACAAGCACUGUAACUCACUCCCUGUCCACACUGGCAAGGCAUUUGCAGCGCUGCAUGUACUCCACCUCCCCGAGAGGAAUAAUGAGUAUUGCGCUGCCGCGCCAGUGUGGCCACCCAAUGCGCUGUGAAUGGCCUCCAGAAUUUUUCGGCAGUAUCCCACAAUGCCUGUUCUAGCCACUGGUCAUCAGUUCAAACUCUACUGCCCUGGCCUCAGGUAACCAACCAUGUGACCCACCCUUUACAUUCCCCAGGAAUUUUAAAAAUCCCCUUCCUGUUUGCUCAGCCCGGCAUGGCAUGCUAUCAGUGAAUCUUUCCGGGUGACCAUGCCGCCACGCACCAAGCAAGCCCCAGCAUGGAGCAAAGGCGAGUUGCUGGACCUCAUCAGUGUUUGGGGGAGAAGGAAGCUGUACAGCCAUAGAAGUUACAAUACCUUCAGGAAGAUAUCAAAGGACAUGAUGGAAAGGGGCCAUGACCGGGACUCCCUGCAGUGCAGGAGCUGCGGAGUGCCUACAGCAAAGUUCCCCCCACAACGCAAACGGCUGCUCGGAUGCUCCCCCCACAACUUGCCGAUUCUACAAAGAGCUGGAUGCGAUACUUGGGGUUAACCCCACCUCCACUCCAAGCACCACCAUGGACACUUCAGAGCCCCUGGGGAGGAAAACAGGAGUAAUGGUGGUGGACUGGAUAGGAGACACCCCAGAAUCCCUGGAGCCAUGCAGCCAGGAGCUCUUCUUGAGCCAGGAGGAAGGUAGCCAGUUGCAGUGGCCUGUACUUAGUGGAGAACAAACAGAAGAGCAGGUUCCUGCUGCAUCAACUUUGAGACUGCAGCUGUCCCUCUUAUCGGCUGCUCAGAGACUGCAAAGACUCAGGAAGAGACCACGAAAAAGCAAAGACGACAUGCUGCAAGAAGUGAUACGGCAAUCUAUUAAAGAGAAUGAGAAAGCACAGAACUGGAGGGAGGGAGAAAGCAAGCAGGAUUCACCGGGAAAAUGCAGCGCACCGGCAGCAAAGCACCGAUCGGCCCAUAAGCAUCCUGAGCGCCAAGUAGAUGCAAUCCAGGAGCUCGUAGCCAUGCAGAAAGAGGAGCAGUACCCCAAACACCACCCUCCCUUACAGCCCUUGUCCCAAAACUCUUUCCGUUGUGCCCCACUGUCAUCUCCAACCCACUUUCCCCAACUUCCGUGUUCUUCACGCCACCCGCUGCCUCCAACACCAGUAUCUUCACCACCCAGCCCUGAAAACCAUGACCCUUACCCUCUGCACUCAAUCCCUGUCACCAUGCAAAAUAGCUAUCCUGAAGUGCAGCACUCAUACGCAAAUCUGUGAUUGUACCAUUCCCCACUCCACCCCCUUGUUUCUUUUCAAUAAAUGGAUUUUUUGGCUUUGAAAACAUUCUUUAUUAUUGCAUAAAGUAAAAGACUCCUUAGCCCA